CUAGUGGCAUCUGGCCUCAAACACCUCUGAUUUCGAUUUACUUCCAUUUUGUUCGGCGGUAAAGCGGGGAAGGGAGUUGACUGAGAGCAGGACUAGUAGGUGGAAUAGGCGUCAGAACGCGAGGAAGAUGGCUUGCUUCCGCUAAUGUCGGCCGUCGUAACUCAAAGAGCUCUUGAAUGUAAAGGUGCCACUCAAACAAGUGAAAAGUUGCUGACUAUUAGAAGAAACUGAGUGUGCUCACAAGAAAAAUGAAUUAUGCACGAUUUCUGACGGCGGUCAGCGCAGCCAGGAAGCCAUCGCCCAUCAGAAUGCUGACUGAGCUGCAGCAGCGUUCGCCUCCAUCGCUGAUCUCGCUGGCUGGUGGCGCACCCAACCCUGACACGUUCCCCUUUGAGUCAGCGUCCAUCCAGGUCAAGAACGGCCAGGCAAUCUCCUUUGAUAAGGUGACCAUAAAAAGGGCACUGCAGUACUCUGCCUCCAGCGGGAUCCCAGAGCUGCUGACGUGGCUAAAGAAUUUGCAGAAGAACCUCCACAACCCACCAACGUUCGCCUGUAGUCCCGAGAACGGACAGAUGGACGUGUGCGUGACCACAGGAAGCCAGGAAGGACUCUGUAAGGUGUUUGAAAUGCUGGUCAACCCUGGAGACAACGUACUGCUGGAUUCACCCACCUACCCAGGAACGCUGGCGGCGCUACAACCGCUAGGCUGCAACAUUAUCAACGUACCCAGCGAUCAGUAUGGAAUGAUACCAGCGGCACUGAAGGAGGUCUUAUCUCGUUGGGACCCGUCAGAUGUUCACAGGCCUGGCAGCGGUGUUCCCAAGGUCCUCUACACCAUUCCUAAUGGAGGAAAUCCCACCGGCGCCUCCAUGACUGCUCAGAGGAAGAAGGACGUCUAUGAGCUCGCAAGGAAGUACGACAUGCUCAUCAUCGAGGACGACCCCUACUACUUCCUGCAAUUUGACAAGCCAUGGGCACCAACUUUCCUCUCCUUGGAUGUGGAUGGGCGGAUCAUCAGAACAGAUUCCUUCUCCAAGAUCCUGUCUUCAGGCUUGAGGAUCGGUUUUGUAACGGGGCCCAAACCUCUUGUGGAGCGGGUAGUGCUGCACAUUCAGGCAUCCACUAUGCACACGAGCACAUUCACACAGCUGAUGGUGUCACAGCUGUUGCACGGCUGGGGCCAAGAUGGCUUCCUUCGCCACAUAGACGGGGUGAUCGACUUCUACGGAAAACAGCGUGAUGCGAUGAUUGACUCCGCCCACAAGUGGCUCGCAGGUAUGGCAGAGUGGCACACCCCCUCGGCGGGAAUGUUCCUGUGGAUCAAACUGAAGGAAAUCCAAGACACAAAGCAGCUCAUCAUGGAGAAGGCCCUGGAGAAGGAGGUGCUGCUGGUUCCAGGAAGCGUGUUCAUGAUCGACAGCAGCGAGCCGUGUCCUUACGUCAGAGCGGCCUUUUCGCUGUCCACUCCCCAACAGAUUGAUGAAGCCUUCAGACGCCUUGCCAGCCUAAUCAGAGAAGCUUCCUGACCCCCCCACCAUCCAUUUUACAUGAAGACUUUAUGGCGUUCAAAUGAGCAUUUAUUAAAGUGAGAUGUGUCCUCUCGCCCGGUCACCAGUCACCUUCCUGCCCGCUGUGCCAAGAUAGCCAGUCAGCGAGCGCGGCGCCGGAGGAAUGACCUGUGUUCUUCGCCUUGGGUGACGCGCCGACAGUCAGAAAAAUGUUGCAGGCCG